CGUUGGCAACAACAACAGAAGAGCAUGGACUUGUUAGGAUCAAUCUUAGGUUCUAUGCAAAAACCGCCGUCAGUCGGCGAUGCAGAGAGAAAGAAAGCUAAAGAGCAAAAGGAGCUGUUUGAGAAGCAGCAAGAAAAAGAAAAACAGAAAUUAAACAGCUUUCGUGAGAAGAUGCAGAAACAGAUCCAUGAAUUCAUCAAAGACAGUUCUAGACAAAAGUACCAGUUUAAACCUAUGGACAAAGUUCUACGAGCUAUUGUACAUGAAGUAGCGGACGUUGCAGGACUGACAUCCUUCUCAUUCGGGCAUGAGGAAGAAGAUCGAUAUGUCAUGUUGUGGAAGAAGGAGUUUGCUCCAACUGACGACGAGCUGUUGGCGUACAGGCGCGGGGAGGUGUGGGACCCGGAGAAGGCAAAAGAACUCGCCAAACAGAAGGAACUUGAUGCCCAGUCUGAAGCCAGCCACUUGAAGCGUAAACACGAGGAGGUGGCCCCCUCCAGCAACUACCGAGAGAAAUACAAACAUCUAAUUGGGGAAGAAGCAGCCAAGGAUGCCGCCAAGUCCACCAUUGCCAACAAAUCUUACGGUUUUGUUCCCAGUCACAACAAGCGAGACCAGCGUACAAUCGAGCAGGUGCUUGCCGACAGUCGGGCCAAGAAGAAGCUCAAGACGGAGGGGGAGUCUGCUGUUGACCCGCCAGAGGGCGCUGUAGCAGACCCAGACACGUCACAAUGAUGCUGUCGUUAGGUUUUAUCGUAUAUUUGUUGAUGUUUGUUUUAAUUCACUGAUGUAAAACACAGAACCACAGAUUGUAAGCCAUGCUGUGUUAAUCAUAUUGCUAUUGUUCAAUGACAACCCAUGCUUUUUGUAAGAGGCGACUAACGGGAUCUGGUGGUCAGGCUCGCUGUCUUGGUUGAUGCAUGUCAUGGUAUCCCAAAUGCAUGGAUCGAUGCUCAUGAUAUCAACAUCUGUAUUGUCUGGUCCAGACUCGAUUAUUUACAGACCGCCGUCAUAUAGCUGGAAUAUUUCUGAGUGUGGCAAAAAACAAACAAAACAAUAUUAGAAUCUUAAAAUCAAGAGAUUUUGUAGUUGUAGUUGAAAUUGAACGGAAUGGUUAACACAGGGCAUUAAAUGUUGAAGAAAUCUUAGAGAGGUAUGUUACACCUAGAUUGGAAAAAAGGGUUUGCUGUGCGUUCUUUCAUGCAACAGGCUCACAUUGACUAAAAAAAUAAAAGAAUUGAUUCUCAGACAAUGACUUUUGAAAAUAUAGUGCGGGCAGGCAGUGUUUUUUUUUGUUGGCUUGUUCAAACUAGUAUGUAACCAAAUAAACAGUUAUGUACCAUAAACCUUGGAAACGGCUUCCCUACAAAAACAAGCAUACUAACACCUAUUGCCGCCAUUACCAUAACACGAGAAGUAAAGGGAAGUAACUGCAUGCUAAUUAGAUCACAUUGAGAUCAAGUAUUUGGAUUUCUUAAAAAAUGUUUAAAUGGAAAUAAAAACGAAACGUGCGGCAAACUUGAUGAUAUGGGCGGUGCUCGAGAACCAAGACUGUUAUUUUUGUUAGCCUUAGAUAUGUUUCAUUAAACCCGGAUGUAACAGUAUGGUGACAAUAGGCAAGUCUCAUUAUCAGAACACUGAAUACUUGUCAGACAUGGUAUACAUGAAAGGGUUUUGAUGUUGAUGGACAAUGGUAGUCAUGGUAAUGGAUGCAUGUGUAGGUAAUAUAAACUGAAUGGUUACAUGUGUGGUUUUGUGUUAAACACCAGACUUGUUUAAGUCAAGUGAUAACAGAGGAUAUAUUGUUUUCUCAGGAUUGUGUACAGAUUUCUGUAUUUAAUCUUCCUUCAUAACAGAAGGUGUUCAUGGGAGAGUUUCUUCAGGGAUCUCAGAUCAUCCUCAUGUAUCAGGGCUGUUUUUUACAGAAGGUUUUAGUGGAUGUAUACGUUAACACACUUUGACAGUGUUCAUUCCCAUUUUGUCAUUUUGCUGUGCACAAUAUCUUUAAAGGUGUAAAUCUUGGUCAUUAUUUUGAACGAGUACAAAUUCAGCAGAGUCAUCAUAGUGCUGCAUCCAAGCCAUCUUCCCGAGGCAAGAGCAUCCCCUAGCCUUUUGAUCAAAGUCUUGUUUCCACCCUUGCCACAUCAAGCCCACUUUCCUGUGCUAAAUAUGAUUGGACUAUCACAUAUAUCGGUAGUCCAAUCAGAGAACGUUUCACAAAACCAACAUCCACGACUGGUUCACCUUCGUAUGAAGUGAUUUACCGCUGCCGGUCUUUGUUGACACGACUGUGUUAUUUUUAUCUUUUAACACCAAGAAAGUGGCCUUGAUGUGGCAAGGGUAGAAACUAGACUUUGAUAUGGACAAGUGGACACGCUUGCCUCGGGAAGAUAUGGACUAGUGGACACGCUUGCCUCGGGAAGAUGUGUCACAGCAUGACAAUUGUAGAUUGCUGCUCAUGGUUUGGAAUGGAAGAUUUCCUUGGAUUAUGAUGUCAGUCGGCACCAUGCCAACGUUCGUAGGUGGCCCAGUCCUUGAAGACUCUGAAUUUCGAUCUGCAUUUUGAGUUUCGUCUCUUGGCAGCCAGAAACCUAUGACCGUAGGUUUGAAUCCCGGUUCGUCACGAUUAUGUUUCUACGUUUGUCAGCACCAUAACCAUGCUUGCGGGUUUCACCAAAGGGGUAAAUGUCUAAGACAUGCAUCACUUCUGAAUUUCCUCCUCAGUUGAGGUGACACGCCGUGAUAUAACUGAAAUACUGUAUAAAGCGGGAUUAAACCAAACACACUCACUCACACACACAGAGAAACUGUCACUCAUAUGGCAAAUAUCCACUACAUGAAUGUUAACUUGUUGUCCUGAAUAUUGCCUUGAUAUAUAUGGAUGGUUGUACCCUAUAGUGUUUUUUGUAUGUUUUGAAUUGAUUGUCCAGUUUUAGCAUUAGAUUUGUAUACAACUAUGUGACACCUUUGUAUUAUUCUCGUCAGUUUACAGAUAAAAAACAUUUUCUGCAA